AUGCCGAACAGCAACGAAUCGAAAGGAUUCCGCGAAUGGUACUCGAAGCACGCCAAUCAGCCGUCGUCGAGCGUUUUAUAUUCAUCGGAGCUCCAAGAGCACAAGCGGAAACGCGAAGAAGCGGUCGCGAGAGUGUCAUUAAAAAAUCCGACGCCAACGAAAUCCGAUUAUGACGCGUUCGACGCCGAUCGUCGGCUACGUGAAAAAGCGCGCGAUUUGCGCGUCUCGCAGCGAAUUCAAUCGCCGGCCAAAGAGAACACCUACAAACGAGUGAUUGUGAAAUCGCCGGAAGUCACCUCGCCGACGCUCGAUCAAUACUUCACGCCGAUGAAAUUCAGCGACGAGGCGAUGUCGUCCAACGAUGCUUCAUUCGUCACACCGGCAACAUCAUACAUCGAUCGGAAUCGCACCGAAACGACGAUGAUCGAAACGCCGACAUCGAGAAAUCUGAACGGAACCACGAACCUAUCGCGUUUCGAUCGCACGCGAUUAUUUCAAACGUCGCUCGACGAGCGCAUGAAAAAGAAUUUCGAGCAGAUGAUGAAGACGUUCCACGAAGCGGCUCCCGACGUCGAUCAAGAGAAUCGCCGUUACUCGAAUAGUUUUGACGAUGGUUUGGAGAAAAUGGAUUCGGGAAGCGAGAAGCUGUCGAUUCUGUCGCCGACGCGCGACUCACCUCGACGCCAUCAACACCACAUUCCCGGACAAAUCGAGCACAUCUCGCCGAUUCGCGAUCAACGGAGCAUUGAGUUCGCGGCCGCGCCGCCGCCGCCGCCGCCGCCGCCGCCGCCACAAAAAGAAGCGUCGGAUUUGACGUAUGUUCAGACGACGAUUUGCGCGUCGCAAAUGCAGCGAAUGUAUGCGGAGCGCGCCGAUCAGAUGGAGCAACAUUUGGCGAAAGUGGUGCAGCUCACGACUGGCAUCGAGGCGAGAAGUAUGACGCGCCUCAAUGGAGGCGCCGAGGAGAGCCGCGAGUUGAAGGAGACGCUUGUCGACGAGCUUCGCAAUAAGAUCAAGCAGAUCAUUUACAUCAAAAAGCUCACCCAUGAGUUGGUGUCCAAACGCGCCUACGUUAUUGAAUCGCAAGACAUCAAGCGAUCCGAAUUUCUUGACGUCCUUUUGGAGUUGCCGAUGCGCGAAAUGGAGAAGGAAGUGUGCAAAGAGCGCAAAUUGUUGAGCAAAGAGCUGAAUGAGCUGAUUGCGCAUUUUCGGCAAGUCGGCGAAUGGCGAAAGGAGAGGAAUCGGCGGCGGCAGAUGAGGGCGCAGAAUCGGAUGAAGCCGAGCGAAGCGAUCAAGAUAAAACCCGCUGAAAAGACGAGAAGUGUUGAAGUUGAAGCGAAAGAGGCGCCGAAAGAAACGCACGAUGUCGAAACGCAGGUGUCGGCUCGUUUCGAGCCUGAGCCGACGGUGACGACGCCGCGAAAGGCGGGCGUCGAGCCGCUCGAUUUGACGAAAUUGAAUAGCACCAAAGGCGAUGAUGGAACGAUUCGGACGAGUGUCGAACUGAAUCGGAUGCUUGACUCGAUUGUGCUGAAAACCGACAAAAGUUUGGAGGAUGUGAUGAAUAAAAAUUGCGCCGAACCGGAUGGUUUUGAGGACGAGUCGAUUCUCGACAAAUCGCAUUUGUCGUUGAACUCGUCGAAAAACUCGACGAGACGAUUUGAAGCGGUGUUCCCGUCGAGACCGUCGACUGGAAAUAAUGACGAGACGCCGAAGAGCGCUCGUGCUUCACUCGACUCCUCAUCGGGACGAAAAUUGUCGAUUGGAAUCGCGAACUAUUUGGAAAUGUCGAGAGAGGAGGAGCUCGAUGAGCCCACCAAUGAGCCGCAGCCGCCGCCGCAGCCGCAAGACGCUGUCGUUGAACAGAAGGCCGAACCGUUAAAUGAGCCCGACGUUGUUGAGGAGAAGCCGGAACCGGAAGAAGCGGCAUCGGCGGCCGACACCUCGCUCGAACUUGUUUGGAAGCAGCCCGAACCGCUGCCGGAAUUCGUCGAGGAGGAUGAAGAAGAGGAUGAGACGAAAAAGUUUCGGGUUCCCGACGAAUUCGAGGAUCCGAUGACGACGUCGUCGUCGUCGUCUGAGCCGCACGACGACGCUGCUGAUGUCAAAGUGUCGAGAAGCGACGAGAACGCGUCGUUCAAUGACAGCGCCGAUGAUUCGGGAUUUUUGCUCACCGACAAACCGAUACCGAAACUGAAAUCGAUCAUCGACGCGGACACGCCGCGAGCGGCGCCGCCUGCGAAAACGCAAGAGAAUGAUGAUGAUGAUGACGACGAUGUGGGAUUCGAUCUCGAGACGUAUUGCCGAAACGACUAUUUGACGGUGAUGACGCCGAAAAUAAUUGACGAGGCAUUGAAGAAUUGCGAGAGGCUUCGCGGACGCAACUGGCUGACGGCUUCGGAAAUUUGGCCGCCGACGUUUAUGACGAUCGUCGGAGUCAUGCCGGAUGAGUUUGAGUACUUUGACUCGUUCAACGUUUGCCUUUGGGGAUCACUCGUUGAGCUGCUCAACUCGAAAUUCCUCAAAUACCACGAGGUGAUGACGAACGAGCUGAAGGAGCAGUUCCGAGCGAUGGCGAAAGAAAUGCUGUGUCGAGAUUUUGGGCCGAUGUCGAGAACGGUGGAAUGGCAUCAGGAGAUUCGAACGAAUCAGCGAGUCGAGAACUUGAUGCUGUAUGAUGUUGAUUAUCGAUUUGAGCAGCGUCGCCAGUUGCCGGACACGGCCAAACAGAAUUAUCGAUGGGCGCAGUUGAGUAUGAUGGGAAUCACUGAACGAUAUACGUCGGAGAAAUUGGAUGCGCAAUUGUCGGCGAUUUGCGAGCGCGAAAUGGAAAAUGUGGCGUCGAAAACGCUCGAGAAUGAAGUUCGACGUGUGAUUCAAGCGGAAUCGAUCGAAGCUUGA